AUGUGGGGUGGAGGCCACGUGAAAGCUGACGCAGCAGCUGAAGACGUGCUAGAAAUCACUGACUUGAAGCUUCUGGAUUUAUGCACAGAGUCAGGCACUGCGACCUGGGAGAAACGAGGCAGCUGGAGCACAAUUAACCUGGCAUCCAUUGUUGAUAUUGGCCCGACAAAGGGCCAACUUCGAGCUCUAUGGACCCAAAUUAUCCAACAGGACGCUUCUGACUUUUCAGAGGAAGAUGCAUUUUUCGAGGUUGGAGGCGACUCCAUCACAGCCCUGGAUCUGGCGACCGCAUCUCAGGCCCAGGGGAUCCUUCUCACCAUGGAAUAA